AUGGCCGAUUCCCCCGCCGUAUCCAUCCCGCUAGAUCCGCGAGAACAGCCUAUCCUUGACCAGCUCCUCGUAAUUCGAGACGCCCUCCUGCUCCUCAAACAAGAUAAAUCGAGGUAUAUCAAGUCCCAGGAUGUGCUGCAUUAUCAUGACCAGGUCGUCGAGCAAGUCCAGAGGCUGAACGCCCUCCGAACGGAACAUACGUUAGAGCAUAAUCGAGUUGACAAUGUGCUGGAUGAUUGCUUCCAGCUGAUCUCAUUGCUAUUUCUUACCGUUGGAAGGAACAAUGAAGCACCCGCAGCAUAUGCGAUGGCUUCAACAAUUAAGUUUUCUGCCUCUGAGGUCAUGAGCUUCCAGGAGCAGCUCAAAGCCAUACAGGGUUCAAUGGAAGACGGUAACUUUGUAGGCCCUCAUGGCUCGAUCCCUGAAGGUCAAGAACUCGUGAAAGCUUUGUUGGAUAGAUGUUUGAAAUGGUCGGAAAUUGUACUCGAAAGGAAAGGUAAAAUCGAUGAACGGUUUCAGGAGCCCUAUAGCAAACUCCUAGAGAUUCGAAACCAACUCGAUAGACUUGUCAUGACCCAGGCGUGGUCGCUACGAGAAACUGAUUUGUUUAUGUAUCAGAGAAAUCUUAACAAGAUUGACGAAUCCCGGACACUUCUGUAUCUGAUUCGACGGAGCUAUGCUUUAAUUUAUGGUUUGCUUAUCUCGUCUGAACCAGUCUCAGAAGCACUUCUACCUAUAUAUAACCAACUCCAGACAUUGAGGAAAUGUUUAAUUGAAGUUAAGGAGUCCGGCGGGGUUUCUAAUGCCAGAGAACUCUACCCGUAUAGUAUGAAGCUCAAUUCCAUUGAUAACAUGAGAGUUGAUGGGAAAUUUUAUGUUGGAAACGACUUACCUGAAGGCCAAGGGAGCGUCAACGAACUCCUUGCGCAAUGUUAUGACCUGUGCUACGAGCUUAGAGCUGAUACGGAACAGGGCGUCAGCUGUCACGAGCCAAUCAUCGUUCGCCUGAAAACUUUACCUCAAAUAUUGCAACAGCGCCAGAAGCCAACCCCGACUUCUGAAGGAGCUGCAGAUAUCUCCAAAAUGAUGCGGCAGCACCUCUGCCAAAGAGCAGUCGCUCCACGCAAGCUUGCACAAUGCCGGCCAGUCGGAGCCAGAAUCCUAAGCCGCGGUCUUGCGACUGAGGCAGACCCUAAGAAAAGCGCAACCACCACCACCCCGGACAACUCCCCCCGCUCUCCCCCAUAUCCGAAGAUCCUAAACAAUCUCCGUGAAGUACGACGGGUCUUAGGAACUGAGCGCUCCCUCACCCUCGCCGAGAAGAUUCUGUACUCGCAUCUCCAUAAUGUCGAAGAGUCACUGCUCUCCGACACUCGGAAUGGGGAGAAUAUUCGCGGUCAGGCCAAUCUGAAGCUGAAGCCGGAUCGCGUCGCCAUGCAGGAUGCUUCGGCACAAAUGGCCCUGCUUCAAUUCAUGACUUGCGGCCUUCCCUCGACCGCAGUGCCGGCGAGCAUACAUUGCGAUCACAUGAUUGUGGGAGAAAAAGGGGCCGAUGUCGACCUCCCAGCGUCCAUCAAGGGGAAUAAAGAAGUUUUCGAUUUCCUGGAGUCAGCGGCGAAGAAAUAUGGUAUUGAGUUUUGGCCUCCCGGUGCGGGUAUUAUCCAUCAGACCGUUUUGGAGAACUAUGCCGCUCCAGGUCUCCUAAUGCUUGGGACAGACAGCCAUACACCUAACGGUGGCGGUUUGGGUGCCAUUGCUAUUGGCGUUGGUGGUGCGGAUGCAGUGGAUGCGCUUGUUGAUGCGCCUUGGGAAUUGAAGGCGCCAAAAGUACUUGGUGUUAAGCUUGAAGGCAAACUAUCUGGCUGGACAGCGCCGAAGGAUAUCAUUCUCCAUCUUGCUGGGAAGUUGACGGUUCGUGGUGGCACUGGGUACAUAAUCGAGUACUAUGGCCCUGGUGUCGAGUCCCUUAGUUGUACUGGAAUGGCUACUAUUUGCAACAUGGGUGCUGAAGUUGGAGCAACUACAUCGCUUUUCCCCUUCUCACCUAGCAUGGUACCAUAUCUGAGGGCCACCAAUCGAGGCAACAUUGCGGAUGCCGCAACGGCUAUUGCGUCAUCUGGUCCUCAGAACCUCUUACGCACAGACACCGGCGCGGAAUAUGAUCAACACAUUACAAUCAACCUUUCAACCCUCGAGCCACAUAUAAAUGGCCCCUUUACUCCCGAUCUUUCGACCCCUCUAUCCGCGUUUGCGGGAAAAGUUCGUGAAAAACAGUGGCCUGAGACUUUCGGUGCUGGCCUUAUUGGAAGCUGCACCAACAGUUCUUAUGAAGACAUGACCCGUGCAGAAGACCUUGUCAAGCAAGCUUCCGAGGCCGGCUUAAAGCCAAAGGCAGAUUUCUUCAUCACUCCAGGAAGCGAGCAAAUUCGAGCCACCUUAGACCGUGACCAGACUUUGGCAACCUUCUCCGCCGCCGGGGGCACCGUCCUAGCCAACGCUUGCGGUCCCUGCAUCGGCCAAUGGAAACGGACAGACGGUGUGAAGAAGGGCGAGAGCAACGCGAUUCUCACAUCAUACAACCGCAACUUCCGCGGACGUAACGAUGGAAACACUGCAACCAUGAACUUCCUCGCUUCUCCCGAAAUCGUCACCGCCAUGUCAUAUGCAGGCAGAACCACCUUCAACCCCAUGACCGACUCUCUCCCAACCCCCAGCGGCAAACCCUUUAGAUUCCGUCCCCCAACAGGCUUUGACCUCCCAAAAUCAGGCUUCGAAUCGGGAAACCCAGACUUCCAACCCACCAUAGCCGCUCCAUCCCCUUCUUGCCCCGUCGUAGUUUCCCCAACCUCAGACCGCCUCGCACUCCUUGAACCCUUCUCGCCCUUCCCCCCUCACAACCUCACAUCCCUCCGCGUACUCUACAAAGUAAAAGGUCAAUGUACAACAGACACCAUCUCCGCUGCCGGCCCCUGGCUCAAAUACAAAGGCCACCUCCCGAACAUCUCCGCCAACACACUCAUUGGCGCAAUAAACGCCGCAACUGGCGAGACCAACGUCGCCUACGACACUGAUGGCAGCACCUACUCCAUCCCAGAGCUCGCGGCCAAAUGGAAAGCAGCAGGGACGGAAUGGCUCGUCGUUGCCGAAGAAAACUACGGCGAAGGCAGUGCGCGCGAACACGCCGCGUUGCAGCCACGCUAUCUAGGCGGACGCAUAAUUGCCGCCAAGAGCUUCGCACGCAUCCACGAGACGAACUUGAAGAAACAAGGCGUCGUGCCGUUGACGUUUAAGGAUAAGGCUGAUUAUGAUAGGAUUGAUGCAUGCGACGCUGUUGAUACUGUUGGGUUAUAUGAAGUGCUGAUAAGUGGCGGACAGGCUGAUGAGGAGGUGAGGCUACGGGUGACGAAGAAUGGGAGUGGAGAGGUAUUCGAGAUCCCGAUGAAGCACACGUUGAGUAAGGAUCAGUGUGGAUUUAUUCUCGCGGGAAGCGCGUUGAAUUUAUUGGCGAAGAAAGCUAAUAAGUAG